AUGUCUAGCCAGCCUCUCCUCCAGACUGCCCCGGGCAAGCGCAUCGCCCUCCCCACCCGCGUCGAGCCAAAGGUCUUCUUCGCCAACGAGCGCACCUUUCUCUCGUGGCUGAACUUCACCGUCAUCCUCGGCGGUCUCGCCGUCGGCCUGCUGAACUUCGGCGACCGUAUCGGUCGCAUCUCCGCAGCCCUCUUCACCAUCAUCGCCAUGGGUGCCAUGAUCUACGCCGUCGUCACAUUCCACUGGCGAGCACAGAGUAUCCGGCGCCGCGGACAGAGCGGCUUUGACGACCGCUUUGGUCCGACCAUCCUCGCCAUUGCGCUUCUCUCCGCCGUCGUCGUAAACUUUAUACUGCGAAUCCAGGACUCCGAUCUGAACUGA